UUCUGUUAUAUAAAUAGCUCAAGCUGGAUAAUUGUAGACUGAAGUUUUGCAAGUCAGUAUAUAAAAUUUUGUUAUCAUUUGUGAAUGUGCGAAAUUAAAUGGAAGAUCAACAAUUCAUUUUAAGGUGGCAUUACCACGAGACGACGUUAGUUCGCAAUUUACCUCAACUGCUCGAAUCGGACAUAUUAACCGAUAUUACCCUAUCGGCGGACAACCAAAUAGUAAAGGCGCACAGGAUUGUUUUAGCGUCUUGUAGUUCCUAUUUUCUGCAACUAUUUCAGAACAUUGGUUCCCUUCAACAUCCUGUGAUUAUUCUUCAUAAUACAAGCUACAGCGAUUUAAAAUCUAUUAUAUCCUUUAUAUACCGAGGACAGUGCCUGGUUACUAGAAACCAAUUACCCGGUUUGUUAUCCUUGGCGAAGCUACUACAAAUUCAGGGAUUAUGUGAUAUGAAAUUACCUUAUGCCCUUCCCGAUAGGGUUGGACUAACGGAUUCAAAGUAUCCAAGACAUCACCAGCUUCAUAGCGACGACAGAUUCUUACCCCCCGUGCUAAAACCUCAAAACGACGUCGAUAAUGAAGAUAUCGAACUGAAAGAGUGCAAUGAAUUUAAAGCGAAACUUGAUCAGGAGGAGAACGUCGAUGGUGCGCCGUCGAAAAAAACCAAAGACUUGCUAUUUAAAUGUUUUCUUUGCGGGAAAUACCUGAGUAACCAAUACAACUUAAGGGUGCACAUGGAAACGCACGAAGAAGGAUGCUAUAUGUGUCAAUCUUGUCCUCACGUAUCUAGAAGCCGAGACGCCCUUCGAAAACACGUCUCGUACAGACAUCAAGAACAGUAUAAUAUUAAAAAGAGGAAGAAAAUGGAGAGUAUAGGUUGACAAUCAUUCUCUGGCUUGUAGAUCAUGUGUUUAAUAAAUGAAUUCUUCCUUA